CAACGAAAGCCCUGAUGCAAUGGGAGGCGAUCUCGUCCAGGAUAAUGACCGCCAGAUUCAACUCCAAAGGAAGGAAAGUGUCAAUCAUACAAUGUUAUGCACCCACAAACAACGCAGACCUCGAAAAGAAAGAAGAAUUCUACAGACAACUACAGGCAACAAUGGACAAUACUCCAGCUGGCGACAUUAAAAUACUAAUGGGAGACAUGAACGCCAAACUGGGACCAGACAACACAGGAAGGGAACUCAUCAUGGGUAGAGAAGCUCUCGGAGAAAUGAAUGAAAAUGGAGAACUCUUCGCCGACUUCUGCGCCUUCAACGAACUAGUGAUUGGUGGCAGUGUAUACAAGCACAAAGAUAUCCACAAGGCUACAUGGGUGUCACCAGACGGGCAAACCAAAAACCAAAUCGACUUCAUCUCAAUCUCAAGGAAGUGGAGGCGCAGCCUACUGGACACAAAAGCAAGAAGAGGAGCAGACGUUGGCUCAGACCACUAUCUCGUACAAGGGACAAUCCAAAUCAAAUUAAAAGCUUUCAGGGAAUCAGGAGCUGCAGAUAGACCACAAGCCAAGUUCAACACUCAAAAGCUGAAGGACCAGGCUACAAAGGACAUCUUCAUUGCAAGCAUAAGAAAAAAAGCCGAGACACAAAUCAACACCAGCGAAAAGGUCAGCGUCGAAAAGCACUGGGACAACUUGAAAACGGUGUGGAGUCAAACCUGCAUGGAAGUUCUAGGCAGAAAAAGAGACAGGACAAACAGUGGCUCACUACGGACACUUGGAAACUAAUAGAAGAGAGAAGGACAGUGAAACAAAAGAUUAUCCAGUGCACUGACGAGCAACAAAAACAGGAGCUGAAUGCAAGCUACAAUACACUGAACAAAAGAGUGAAGAAGAGUGCCAGGGAAGACAAAAGAAAAUAUUAUGAAACCAUGGCAAACGAAGCAGAACAAGCUGCAGGCAAAGGAGACCUCGCCACACUCUACCAAACAACUAGGAACCUAUCGGGCAAAAGUUCGACACAGAUUAAGCCAAUAAAGGAUGACAAUGGAAAGUCAAUCACCAAAGAAGUGGAGCAAAGAAAACACUGGAUUGAACACUUCAAAAGACUUCUAAAUCGUCCGCCACCUACAACGCGCCCAAUAACACCAACAACGGAAGCAGAACUACCAGUGAACAUUGACCCCCCGACGAAAUCAGAAGUCCUGAAUGCAAUCAAGAUGCUAAAAGCUGGGAAAGCACCAGGACCAGAUGGAAUCCCAGCAGAAGCAUUGAAAAUGGACCCAGAGACAACAGCGGACUUGAUGACGCCAUUACUGGAGAAGGUGUGGAAAGAGGGCAAAGUACCCGAGGAUUGGAAGAAAGGAUACUUAUUCAAACUACCAAAGAAAGGAGACUUAAGUCAAUGCAAAAACUGGCGCGGAAUUAUGCUCCUGUCCAUUCCAAGCAAAAUACUAAGCCGCAUCAUCCUGGAGAGAAUCAAACA